AUGCUACCGGAUAUCAGUGUGAAACCUAUACUUGGUGUUGCUCCUCUUGGACCUGUACCUUUAAAUAAGGAGAAAUGCUAUCAACUUGCAAUGUUAGAAUCGGCUUAUCAUCAUAUUCCUCAACCCAUUGACUCUCACCGUGUUAGAACAUACCUACCAAAGAAUCCAUGUCCAAUCCCAGCGUAUCAUUAUCUAAAUCCACCUGCACAUUCAGAUUCUUUUGAGUACUUUCAACGCUUACAUCCAGAGUCGUUAUUCUUUAUCUUUUACUAUCUUGAAGGAACAAGAGCCCAGUAUUUAGCAGCUAAGGCUUUGAAAAAGUUGUCAUGGAGAUUUCAUACCAAGUACAUGAUGUGGUUUCAACGUCACGAAGAGCCUAAGCAGAUUACAGAAGAAUUCGAACAGGGAACUUACGUUUAUUUCGAUUUUGAAAAGUGGCAACAACGGAAGAAAGAAGGCUUUACCUUCGAGUAUCGUUACUUAGAAGAUAAAGAUCUUGUUUAA